CCGCAGGGGUUAGGAGUCCGGGUCUCCGGCCUGGGCUGGGACUCGGAGGCGGCUGCGUGUGGCGGGGACUGGGGCCCGGCGGCCUGGGCGGGGCAUCGGUGGUGUCAGGUGCACCGAGGCCCGAGCCCACCGUUGGGGGGAGGAUGACUGUGCACAAAGACCCGCCGAGGACCACUGGCUGCCCGGCCCGCUACAGGGCCAAGCAGCCUCCCGAAGGGGUACCCGCCUGGUCCGGACUCAGGGCCGCAGGCGGAAGAACUGGAGCUCUUCACCCCUUUUGGCUUGGAUGUCAGGAGUGCUUUUGAGAAUAGAAACCGGGGGUGGCCUUUACUGCAACGCGGGGAGUGGCGGGGAAGGGGCCCCAGCUCCUGGGCACCCUUAGGGUUCGGGGAGACUUCCUGGUCCCAUAUUUUGGGAAGGCUGGGGGAUCUGCCCUGGUGUUCCCCGCGAGUUGGACAGGUGUUGCCUGAGAGGCAGAGCCCCUGGGAGCGGCGACCGGCCUGAGCUCGGCCCGGGGAGCCAGUGUACCUCGGCUGCUGGUGCAGCCCAGCAGAGACCAGCAGCUCCUGGAAGGAUGGUGCGGAUCCUGGCCAAUGGGGAAAUUGUGCAGGACGAUGACCCCCGAGUGAGGACCAGUGCUCCGGCGGCAGCAGCAGUGAGAGGUGGCAGUCCCCGGCAGAGCUUUCUCAACAGGGGCCACGGUGCGCCCCCAGGGGGUCCUGGUCCCCGCCAGCAGCAGCAGGCAGGUGCCAGGCUGGGAGCUGCCCAGUCCCCGUUCAAUGACCUCAACCGGCAGCUGGUGCACAUGGGCUUCCCACAGUGGCACCUCGGCAACCACACCGUGGAGCCGGUGACCUCCAUCCUGCUCCUCUUCCUGCUCAUGAUGCUCGGCGUGCGUGGCCUCCUGCUGGUGGGCCUGGUCUACCUGGUGUCCCACCUGAGUCAGCGGUGACCUCCGGGGCUGAUGGGGCAGGGCCUGGGUGUGGGAGCCGGCAUGUGGUGGGGGAUCUGUGGUGCCUUGACUGAGUGAUCAGAGAAGGGACUGUGGGUUGGGUUUCCCUGUUGGGUUCAGCAUGAGGCAGAGGGAGUCUGGGCCAGCCUUCCCAUUCCCACAGUGUGGAGCGGGUGCCCUGGUCCACUCGAGAUAUUUCUGGAUAGCAUAGGGCCUACUUAUGAGCACAGAAUCAGAGCAAGAAAGCAAUUCUCUUUCUAGUUCUUGUGUAAUCCUUUUGUGUAAGAAGAGAGACUCGGCAGGUACCAUCAUGUUCUGAGGCCCCUGGAGCUCCCGCUGAUCUCCCUCUUCCCAGGGGGCAGGACGUGGGGCGGGGUCCGAGCACAAGGUUCCAGAUUUUUGUAGCGCCAUCUUUGUUUCAAUGACGUAUUUCUAUUGGCUGCCUUUUAUUUCUGACAAGGGGGACUGGCAUUGUAUUUAUUGUGGUAUUUCCAAUAAAUAGAUUGAAGUACAAAUGA